AUGGUGGACCUUGCCUUCUAUUACGAGCUUGAGGCUAUGACGGUGCACUCGCCCGAGCCAGACAUGGACACCGACACGAGCAGCAACUACGAUGAAGACAUCUUCGAGCUGUUUCCCACACUCGACACAGACAUACGUCCGAUGUACAGCAAACCUGCUGUGCCCACUUGCAUGGAGCUUGACACUCCCUCGAACACCAACGCUGACACGAUCGCACGGCUCAAGAUCGACCCUCUCGCAUGCGAGACCAUCAAUGUCUACGAGGAGCCGGACUUUCUCGGUCCUUGGCCAGACACGCCCAUUUUCACCCGCGAAGAGCCACAGGCAUGCAUUCAUGGCCUCGCUUAUGCACUUCAGGUCAAAACCGCCAUUGCUCUAUGGUGCCAGCUGCCAAAAGAGGCUCAACACUACCUCGUUAAAGUCGCUACGGACUACCAGCUGCAUGAACACAAAGACACAGCUCUCUCUGCAGCAGAAACUCGCAAGGCCGUCUUCUGGAAGGCGAUGGACGACCUCGCCCUUGACAGUGACAUUGCACAAUCACUCGCCACGCGGUACUCGGUCCAUCGCCGUAGGGUCUUGGCCUCAGAAUCAAUCUACAUUCCCAACAGAGACGAGUCUACACUCACUGACUCAACUGACAGUUUCCUCGCAAACAUUGUUCGCGAGGCACGAGACUAUCUCGUAAAAAUCGACCGCAGCUUUCUUCUCCCUGUGAUCACACAAAGCGCGUACCAUAUACAGCGCAACCUGCUUGAGACCUCUUACUUUGGGUUCCCCGAGGUCCAGGAUAAGUGGCUGCCCAGCGGCGGCUCAAAGGCAGCCAACCAGGCAUUCGCUGCUUUUCGUGUCCGGGCUGGUGGCAAGGGCAAGCCCAAUGAGAGACUGCUCUUCCGCUACAUUGAUCUGCCACGUGGAUCUUUCAUGUAUGGGAUGACAGGCAUCAAGCACUUGGAGGAGGCUGGAAGAUAUACCUUCAUCUACCCGGAAGCUUAUACCCGUCUGUUCGAGAAGAAAGACGGGGACGAGAUCCUGCUAUGCACAGCGGCCUCUUUGACAGCCACCGCAGAGGACACAGAGCCGGUCAUCACGUUGACCGAGGAGGAGAAGCACAGCCAAACGGACGCGGUCGUCAACCCAUCUGACACCAUCACACAGGCAUCGACUCUCGUCAACUCGGUUUUCCACAAAUCAUGGGCCGCAGGUGGCAAAGCACCUGUAGGACCGCAGCGGUACGAGACAAACUCGAGCCUUGAGCAAGUCGGCAAGAUUUUUCAUGGCUUCCCCGGCUUCAUCCAAUUCUACUUACCCAAGGGCUUCUACGUUACUGGCCCUUCGGGCCGGAGUGUCACAUUCGACAGACCUUUUGGCAAAGCAGCCUCUUCUGACGCAGGUCCUGUCGCACACGGAGCAGGGGGUUGGUACACCAUCAUCACCCACGGCCUGCAGCGAGGUGCUUUCAACGCCCAGCAUCAGCUCGACUUCCGCGAAGACUUCAUUCUGAGAAUGAAGUUGUCACAGCCGGCUGCCAUCUUUCGUGAUCUGCAGCUCAUGCCACGUGUCACGGAGCCUGGUGUGCAUGAGGUCAUCGUUGGCGAGGGGCAAGAUGUCGACAUGAAGUGUGAGAAUGGCCGGUACUAUAUGGCACGAGGCAUGGAGCCACCCGCCAUCACCGAGACGGCUCUAUCCAUAGAGAUGCAUGGAGCCGAGUACGAUGUUCCAGCCAAAGCACCGGUCGAGGCUAAGCCCAGCCAUCUCACAGAAGACCGUUUCCAGCAAAUGGUUCGCGACAUCUCGAGUGCGACCAUCGAGGCACUCCGCAAGACAGACAUGCCCGGCCUUGAGGCAACAGUCAUUGAAACUGCUACGGCCACCACUGUCACAAGAUCUGGGGCGACAGAUGAAGCUCCAUCAGACAAGCUGCCAAUGGACGCUGCCGGAUCCCUGACAAGCAGUCGCGCAAGCACACCAAAAUCAUCCAUCACCAGGACGGUGUUUGUUCGCCAGGAUGGCCGUUCCCUCAAACGCAAGAUGAUCCUCAGCGAGGCGCAGGAGACGCUCGCGCCGUACCGAGAGUGGCUAGUCUCAGAAGACCAGAGAGAGAUCAGACAGGAAGAGCUCGACUUUAGGGCUCAUCAAGAGCAGCAGCUCGCCAUGGAAGAGGCGAGCCGAGCAUCGAAGCCCAAACCCAAGCGUACGCAAGCACCGGCCUCCGACGACGAAGAAUGGGUCGAGCCGAAGAAGACCGCUGCGGUCCGGCCAAAGAAGAAGGCCAAAGCCAAUGCUCCCACCAUCAAGAAGGAGAACACCAAGCCUGCCGUGACCCUGGCACAGAAGAAGAAGACAGAGGCUAUCGCCCCCAUCAACCGGGCCUCAAAGGCUGGCGCACAGCCGCAGAAGUGUAAGAAGUCACGCGCUGCUUGGGGAAAUAAGCCGGUGCAGCAACAAAAGAAAGUGGCUGCUCCUCGAUCUACACCAGCCGUCGUGAAAAUCAAGUCGGAGAACAACCCGCCAAGCCGCAAGCGUCAACUGUCUGUCGACAUUGAAGAUGAGAAGCGAGACGCGAAACGCAGCAAGAAGCAGGUGCACAUCCAGACCCAGAAAAAGCAGGUGCAAGCUCCCGUCAAACUCGAGAUGGAGCAGCCCUUGCUGAACCGCAAGCGACAGCGUCCAAACGAAGCCAACGAUGAUGACGACGACGGCCGUAGCCGCAAGAAGCAGGCGACUCGCAAACCGUCUAUUGCGAGUGAAGGCAGCAAGACCUCCUCUCAACAGAACAAAGUCAAGCAAAACAAUCAGCGCAAGCAGAGUGGACAAACCUCCCCUAAGCACGUAUCGCACAGCGACUCAUCGGAAGAUGACUACUCCAGCGGCCAUGAUUCUGAUGCAAGUGUUGCCAGUCGUCGUGCGCAGGACGCAACAACUCAAGGCCAGAUGCCUGUGGAAAACGUGCCGGGUAUUGUGCCUGCCGGCAUCGACCCGGUGACCGGCAAGCAGCUGUUCACGAUGCACAUUCCCUCGGAGGUUGCAGCUGCCAUGGCGCGUCUGCCCUCCGGCGCUCGCAUCCACGGACUGCCUCCAGCAGUUCUACCACAGACAAAUACAUCUCCGGCUCAGCAUCCCAUGCCGUUCAUGCCAGCUCUCGCUCCACAGAAUCCGACAGCUAGUUUCACGCCUCAGGCCUUGCAGCCUUGGCAGUACAACCUGAUGCACACUUUCGUCAUGAACAAUCUGGCGGCCAGCAUGGGCGCAAACCCAGCAAUGGCUCAGGGCGUGGCGGCAAGCAUCUUCCAGCACGCCGCGCCCCCGGGCUCGCAGUUGCCGACUCCUACAACACCAGCAUUCCCUCCUGAGAGUGUGCCGAUGCAAUCUGGUUCGGACCAGCCUACUGGUCUCCAGACGCCGCCGCAGUCACAGGGAUCGCGGGUGCCAGAGUACAUCGAGAUUAUUGAUGAACCUGCUUCGGAUGACUGA